CAAAGCGUUCACGCAUAAGCUAGGAAAUGGGUUGGGGAGCACAGCAUAUACAACAACAACAACAACAACAACAAUUGCAACAACAACAUCAGCAGCAGCAAGCUCAACAACAGCUUCAGCAGCAUCAACAACAAUUGAAACACAAGUCUUCAUCGUCAUCUUCAGCAACAUCCGCGUCCGCGAAUGCGGCAGUUGCACACAUACACCAACAACAACAGCAGCAGCAUCAGCAACAGCAACAGAAUGACGCUGCCGCUGCUAUGCAUGCACCGCUGAGCACGCAUGCAGCAGCGCCUCUAGCACCACCUCCACCACAUACACACACACACCCGCACUCGCUUGAUAUGUUGUACUCCCACAACCGCCAACAACAACAACAACUCCAGCACUAUCAUAACCAACACGCCCAACAGCAGCACCAACAACAGCAACAGCAUUAUCAACAAAGCAGCAGCAGCGCCAGCAGCCAUGGCAAUGGCUCAAGCACAAAAACUGCCAGCAGCGGCUCAUCCUCGUCUUCGAAAGGAGGCAGCAGCAGCUCCUCGUCGCGUCAUGCCGCAGCGGCCGCAAGUACCGCCGCGCAACAAUUGGCUGCAGCAGCCGCUGCGGAGAGCGCAGCCGCUUAUAACUUUUUAUGUGGCUCCGCAGCAGCAGCAGCUGCCGCCGCCGCAACCAUGCUUAGUCCACCAUUGAGCGCUAACUCCUCCACGCUAGCCGCUGUCAAUCCGUUCGCUAAUCCCUUCGAUUGGCUGGGCGCCGGCGGUAGCGCCGUGGCGAAUACGCAUGCGGAGAAGCAAGCGCGCAACGGAGCGGAAAAGCAAACACGUGCUACCGAUACUAGUCGCUAUAGUCGCACGAGCCAACAACAGCAGCAACAACAUAAUAGCGCUACCGCUGCAACGCCGUCAUCCUCAGCAGCGGCGGCAGCAGCUACGGUAGCCGCUAAUGAUUUUAUGUCGCUCUUCAGCGCCGCAGCUGCAGCAGCAGCAGCUGGCGAACAUCGUAGCUCUUCGAACGCUUCAGCUGCAUCGGUAGCCAGCUCAACAUCGUCGUCAACAACAGCAGCAGCGGCAGCGGCGGCGGGUAAUGCGCAUAAGCUGAGCGCAGCAGCUGCCGCAUCAUCAGCGGCUUUAGCAGCAGCACACGCGUCAACGCUCUUCUCACCACCAACAGCUGCAGUUGCGGCCAACGCCUACCACUUGCAACCUCCCAGCGCAGCGGUGGCAGCGGCAGGCACGCAUGGUCUGCCCUCACCGACAAUCUAUCCACCAACACCGCCGCCGUCUACACCCUGGAUACAUCCGUGGUAUGCGGGCGGCGAAACAUUUUGAAGUUGACACGGACGAGCUAUAUAAAAACCGUUAGGAGAACGUGCCGGAGGAGCAGAAAGAGAAGUUACGGGUGAUGCGUUGAGUUGGGGAGACCUGCGUGGCUAUAUAAGCAUAUUGUUGUUAUGACUGAAGUUGCUACGAUUAAGCUAUUUUGUAUGUUGUUAAUUAAAAUAAUUUAAAUAAUUUCAGUUUAUUGUUGUUCGAUAUAAGUUGUAGAAUAUGUUGUGUUUGUACAUUUUUUUCUAUUGCAAUUUAUCAAAUAUAUUCGCUUCAUAUUGAAAGCGUAAUAUAUAUGCAUACAUAUAUGUAUUUUGCAGAAUUUUUAGGUUAGUCUUAUAAGCGAUUCCCUAUACAUGCAAAUAUACAUAAGUACAUAACAUUAGUACAUAGUAUGUACUGAAAAUGUAUACCCAUUAAUGUUAUUUGCAAAAUGUUAAAAUUUUGUCUUUUCCAAUCAAUUCAAAGCGAUAUGAAAAUGUACAACUCCCUGUCAACCGCAAACUAAAACUAGCGAAAUAAAUAAUUAAGUUUAAAAAAUUAAAAUAAAUGACAAAAGAACUGAAAUGUAAAUUUAGUAAAACUCAAAACGCAUCCCAAACUGCAAAGGGAGCUUACCAAAACACUAUUUCUUCUUAAUAUAUCCAAAAAAAAGGUUUGAUUAUUUAAAAAAUAAUACACAAACGAGAAAAAAUUAGAAAAAAAAACGUUAACAAAUGAAAAAAAUGAAAAAUCCAACUUCAAUUGUUACCUAGAAGGUACACUAUAGCACGUAAAAUUGACUGUAUAACUUUAGUAUAACAUUAAAAUAAUGAAUUUAGUUUAAACAUAACUCUUCAGUAAGAAAAAAACACAAAAAAUACCACAAAUGUCAACUCUAAUUAGUAACCUAAGCAACAACAUACUACAUAUGUAUUAAAAAAAAUCAUUUGCGUUCGGCAAUUUAAACCAAAUUAAAUCAGAAAUCAAAUUUCGUUUCAUACAGAAAACAAAAAAAA